AUGGUGAAAUUCUUUCUUUUUACUUUAAUUUUAUCUUUGAUUACUGUAUCCUAUGUGGUAGCUUCUUGUGAAUGUGAACCUACAGAUCAAUCAUGUAUUGAUAGUUGUGUGACAGAAGCCAAUUCAUGUGUUACUUCUUGUAAAGGAGAUACAUCAUGCUACGAAGAAUGCAUUGAUAAUAAAUGGCCUUCCGGUCAAAUGUUCCACAAACAAGACAUGUCAUCUGCUUCUGCUGAAAGUACUACUGUCAAUAGUAGUCCUUCUGCUACUAUGAAUCCAUCUAAUCCUACUCCUUCCAUGGGUUCCAAAUCUUCAUCGGGAUCUAGUACGUUUAGCAACAGUGAUGGAAUAUCUCAAGCAAGUCCAACAGGACAAGCCAAUAAGAUGAAUCAAACUCCUUCUUCUGCAGAUGCUGUGAAAUCUACCAAUAUUGUGAUCAUUUCAACCCUUGUCACUAUUCUCGGAGUCUGGAUCCAUUAUUAA